AUGUCUUUCCAGAACUUUGAUUCUUUCCCCAACCAGGACGCUGCCGCCGCUGCCGGUGCUCCGGCUCCCGCCGACACUGCUAUGGCUGGUACUGCUGAGGGCGCUGGUUUCCAGGGUCCCGCUCCUGGUGAGCCCAAUGCUGGUGCCCCCGUUUCCCAGCAGGGCGCUGAUGGCAAGACCACCCUCUGGAUGGGUGAGCUUGAGCCCUGGAUUGAUGAGAACUUCAUUCGCAACCUGUGGUUCCAGAUGGGCGAGCAGGUCAACGUCAAGAUGAUUCGCGACAAGUUCUCUGGGAGUAAUGCCGGAUACUGCUUCGUCGACUUCUCUUCCCCAGCCGCUGCUGCUAAGGCUCUUUCUCUGAACGGCACCCCCAUGCCCAACACCAACCGGGUCUUCAAGCUGAACUGGGCUACCGGUGGCGGCCUCGCUGACCGCAGCCGCGACGACCGUGGUCCUGAGUACUCCAUCUUCGUUGGUGACCUCGGCCCCGAGGUCAACGAAUACGUUCUCGUCUCGCUCUUCCAGAGCCGCUUCCCCUCGUGCAAGUCCGCCAAGAUCAUGACCGACCCCAUCAGCGGCAUGUCCCGUGGUUACGGUUUCGUUCGCUUCUCCGAUGAGAACGACCAGCAGCGUGCUCUCACCGAGAUGCAGGGUGUCUACUGCGGCAACCGCCCUAUGCGCAUCUCCACCGCCACCCCCAAGAACAAGGGUCCUGGUGUUGGUGCUGCCAACAUGGGCAUGCCCGGCCCCGCCGGCAUGUAUCCCCCGAUGGGCGGUCCCCCCAUGGGCUUCUACGGUGCUCCUCAGCCCAUGAACCAGUUCACCGACCCCAACAACACUACCGUCUUCGUCGGUGGUCUGUCGGGCUACGUGACCGAGGAUGAGCUCCGCUCUUUCUUCCAGGGCUUCGGCGAGAUCACCUACGUCAAGAUCCCCCCUGGAAAGGGCUGCGGUUUCGUCCAGUUCGUCCAGCGCCACGCUGCCGAGAUGGCCAUCAACCAGAUGCAGGGAUACCCCAUCGGUAACUCGCGCGUCCGUCUGAGCUGGGGUCGUUCCCAGAACAACUCCGGCCCUGCUGGCAGCCCUUACCGCCCGGCCCCCCGCCUCCCCCCAUGUACCCCUCCAUGGGCAUGCCCCCGGCCCACCAGUAUGGCGGGUUUGCCCCGAUGA